CUAAAUGUGUGGUGUACAAUAGGAGAGCCGGGUACGAAACUGUCCUUUACUAUUCUGUACCGGGGGACAGUACACGAAUCGGGUACCUACACCCAUUAGAUAAUAUUGAUUGAAAAGGGAAAUUAAAAGGCAAAAAAAAAAGAUGUCGGCAAAUAAAGAUGGAGACGGUGGAUGGAAGAGCUUUCUGUGGAAUUCGGAAAAGAAGGAAUUUCUAGGACGCACUGGUGGCAGUUGGUUUAAAAUCCUCUUGUUCUACCUGAUCUUCUAUGGAUGCUUGGCUGGGAUUUUCAUUGGGACCAUCCAGGCCCUGCUGCUAACCCUUAGUAACUUUAAACCCACCUACCAGGACAGAGUCGCCCCACCAGGUCUAUCCCACACCCCACGCUCUGAAAAGUUUGAGAUCUCUUACAAUAUCAACGAUGUGGAGACGUAUCUGAAGUACACCAAGAGCAUCAAGGACUUCCUGGAGAUGUACGAUGAGGAGAGGCAGACGGACCAGAACAAGUACGAAGACUGUGGAGAAUUACCUGCAUCGUACGUGGACCGUGGUGAGCUGGAGAGUGACGUUGGAGUGAGGAAGGCCUGCAGGUUCAAGCGGACCUGGCUGGGACCCUGUUCUGGUCUGGAUGGUCACGACGAAAACUUCGGCUUCAAGGAUGGGAAACCCUGCCUGAUCGCCAAGCUCAACAGGAUCAUCAACUUCAGACCAAGGCCUCCAACCAACAAUGCCUCCGUCCCUGAUGCCGGCCAGAGCAGAGUCCAAACCAACGUUAUCCCCAUCCACUGUCAGAACAAGAGAGAGGAGGAUGCCAGCAAGAUUGGUGAGAUCAAGUACUAUGGCAUGGGAAUGGGGUUCCCCCUCCAGUACUACCCUUACUACGGCAAGCUGCUGCAUCCAAACUACCUGCAACCUCUGGUGGCCAUCCAGUUUACCAACCUCACCUUCAACGAGGAGCUGCGUCUCGAGUGCAAAGUGUACGGAGCGAACAUUGACUACAGCGAGAAAGAUCGCUACCAAGGACGCUUUGACGUUAAGUUCACUAUCGCCAAUUCAUGACCUCAGCUA